UUUAAACCGAAUGAUAGACUAAAUGUUUGCCGAGUGUGAACCCUGAAAUCGAUUUCCUUUCGCUGUGCAGAACCAAACCAGCGGCUGGCUCUGAAGCUUGAGUGACAUGCCAGAGAAGUCCCAUCACAGUCAUCAUCAGCAGGGCUUGAUGGGUGAAGAAUCUCCUCGCUUGUGCACGGACUCCUCACUAAGCAGCCAUGACCCCACACUUGCAGACUACUGCUCGCUGUCCACAGAGCACACUGAGGGCGAGCGUCCAGUGAGUACUGUGUCCACCAUCUCAUCCGGCUCCUCUGGAGAGGGCCAGUGCAGCCUGUUCAGUGCCUCUCACUGUGCCCACUCAAUGCCAUACCCACCCACAGGCACUGAUAUUAGUCUGGAGCUCAGUCCUGCUGAGUGCCAAUUUAACAAUAACGCUAGCACCGCUGAAGUCAUACCCACACGACUGAACGGACCAUCGCCUGUGGCCUCUGUGGUGAUGGCUCCCAAUUCUCAACUAACUUACAAGGAUCGAGUGGUCAUGGAGAUCAUCGAGACUGAAAGGAUGUAUGUAAGCGACCUGCACAGCAUUGUCAAGGACUACCUAGCUCACAUCAUAGACACCAGAGACCUACCCAUUAAACCUGAACAGGUGUCUUCUCUUUUUGGGAACAUUGAAGUCAUCUAUGAGUUUAACAGUGAGUUAUUGCAGUCUUUAGAAAUGUGUGACAAUGAUCCUGUGGCCAUCGCCGAUUGCUUUGUGGAUAAGAGCGAAUAUUUUCAGAUCUACACUCAGUACUGCACAAACUAUCCCAAUUCAGUAGCUACACUCACUGAUUGUAUGAGGAACAAGACGUUGGCCAAGUUUUUUCGGGAACGGCAGGCAUCUCUACGGCACUCCCUACCUCUGGGUGCCUACCUGCUCAAGCCUGUACAGAGAAUCCUGAAGUACCAUCUUCUAUUACAGGAGAUUGCAAAACAUUUUGAUCCUGAGGAAGAAGGUUAUGAUUUGGUGGAAGAGGCUAUUGAGACCAUGACCGGGGUGGCCUGGUACAUCAAUGACAUGAAGAGAAAGCAUGAGCAUGCUGUGAGACUACAGGAGAUCCAGUCUCUGCUCGUCAACUGGAAAGGACCUGAUCUCACCACAUAUGGUGAACUGGUCCUCGAGGGAACCUUUCAUGUCCAACGGGCAAAGAAUGAGAGAACACUGUUCCUGUUUGAGAAGAUGCUUCUCAUCACCAAAAAAAGAGGAGAGCAUUACGUCUAUAAGACCCAUAUAAUGUGUUCCACCCUAAUGCUGAUUGAAAGUGCCAAGGACUCACUCCGCUUCAGUGUGACCCACUACAAGCGUCCCAAACAACCUCACACGAUGCAGGCUAAAACUGUGGAUGAGAGAAAACUGUGGGCUCAUCACAUAAAGCGCCUUAUACUGGAAAACCAUCAUGCCAUUAUACCACAGACGGCCAAAGAUGCCAUUCUGGACAUGAGCUCUCCCUGUCCAGUGAAGUAUCGCUUCAGUCCUGAUAGACAAAAUAAGCCCGUGUCCUGUAAGGGUGAGGACGUCCAAUUCAAAGGACGAAAGGGUCGAAGGCAAUCAGAGCCAUUUAAUAGAGACGGACCAGGCAUGAUGACGUCAAAAGAAAUGCUCAAGCAUGCAGACAGCGUUGGUGCAUUGUUGUCGGACAGCAACCGGUGUUCCCUGCAAGCUACAGCAAGCGUCUCCACCCUGAACUCCAGUCAUGAUGAAGCAGAGCCAGAGAGAACCGUUGCAGAGGAGCUGAGCAGGUCUGAGCGUCUCAGCCUCCGGUCGUACUCCCUGGACCGACUGGAAGUCUGUCGGCUACAGACGGCAUUCCAGAGAGGAACUGAGGUGGAGGAAGAAUUUAGUGGAAGUGGUGUAGAGGAAGAUGAGGAGAGUCUGGUGAAGAAUGAGCAGGUAGCUGACUUUGCCAGCUCAGUUAUGGCUGCCAUCUCCUGCUGGCGCUAUAGGGCGAGGGCUUUGCUUUUCACUUGGGUCCCAACGAACAGAGAAAGGGAAGAGGCUGUUGAGGAGAAUGAACUGGUGGAGCCUAAGAGAAUCCGACAUCCCUCUGAAGAGCAAGAAGAGGAAUCGGCUCCAAAUGAACAAGACUUAACUGAGGAUCAUUGUUCUCAGACAUUUUCUCUGCCUGGAGAAGCAGACAAAGCAAAAGAACAAUGGAAUAUUUCACCUCAGGAUGAAAGCAAAGAGACUGAAGAAAUCAUGGAGGACAGUGUGGAGUCAGUUUCUUCAGCCCACAAUUGCAUCCAGUUGGAGGAUGAGAUUACUUCCACCAGCAUGAACCUGUCUGAGGAUGCAGAGGACCACGGCGAGAUAGAAGAUGAAGAUGAUGAUGAACUUUUGCCCUCAGCCGAACCUACAGGCAUCUUGCCAACAUCUGUGCUAGACAAGGCCAGUGUUAUAGCUGAGCAGUUUACCAGCAGCCUCUCCAGGAGAAGCAGUUUAGCAACCGAUGAUAUGUUUUCCACUGGCUGCACAUUAUCUAGUAGGAGGAGUAGUGUGCUCAGCCUGAAUGCUGAACCGGUGGAGAAUGAGAAAUCUCAAGACUUAAACUGUGCCUCCACAGAGUUACCUCCUUUACAACUCGUACCUGAACAGUGUACCACAAACACUCUUGCAGACAGGCUUGUCCAACCAGACCAAAGACCACAACCAAAACAAGAUACGUUGUCCAAAAAAGACAGAAUGCUUAUCCACAAGAUUAAACAGUACUAUGAGCAUGCUGAGGACCAGGAUGUCAAUUUUAGCAUUAGACGCAGGGAGAGCCUUUCCUAUAUCCCUGCAGGGCUAGUCCGAAAUCUGAGACAACAGCUCAAUGACCAUUCCACAGAAGAAUCUGCAGCUGUACACAGAAAGGACUCCUUAAAUACAAGACCAACGUCUUGGGAUGUGUUUGACCUCCCAGGUCUGCAGAAAGAGAAAUGCGCCAACCAGGUUUCUGACACAGAGAUUUCACAAACUGUAGUUGAAACAUGUGGUACGGAUAGAACUGAGGUAGUAGAUAAGCCACUUGGUGAAGAUAAUGACUUCCGACCUUCAUCUGAGAUGAUUAAAGUUUGGCAAGACAUGGAAGUCGAUAUCAAUGGACCUUCUAGGGACCUUCAGUAUGAUUGUGAUAGUAACAAUGCUGUAGGUUUUCAGUCCAAUGAUGCCAGUCCCAGCCAUGAACAAAAUGGACCAAAGAGUUCUUAUGGUGACCCUGGUGAACCCCUGCUUAUAUUAGAGGAGUUGGACAAUGCUGGACAAGAGUCCCUUACACCUUCACCAGAUAACAGUGUUAGAGCCAAGAAGCAUGAACUGGAGAUCAGCCCUAACAGUGAUCAGAACUUUAAAGAGACAUGCAAUAUCAGGCAUGUUCCUCUACCCAAGAUCAUCUCCCUGAGGUCAGGCUCAGAGGAAGACCUGAUUCUUCAAGAUAUGGAGAAGAUGAAGAAUAAAGUGUUUCAUCUUGCUAGGCAAUACAGUCAGCGGAUUAAAAAGAACAGACCUCUAGUGAGACAAAGAGCGAAAGAGAUAGAGUGCCACAACCAGUUGGCUUCCGUCAUGGAGGUCAGUUCUCCUGUGAGUGAGAGGGGUAUACUGAACCCAACACUGUCACCUGGUUCAUGUGAGCACAUAGACUACAGUCCAUUACUAAGCCCGUGCUCCACGGUCAGUUCCCGAACACAGUCCACAACCAGAUCGCCUGCUCAGGGUCCCCAAAGCCCAGUCUACAACGAGACAUUCCACUGGCCAGAUGUAAGAGUGCUUCGUUCUAAAUACUCCCAACAAAAUCCUCAACCACAUCCCAUUAUUCGUAGUAACUCUGUCCCAGAGCCUGGACCCAGUCAUUCCACAGACCGAUGCAGCUUCUCCGAUUCCGACACAGACAACUUGGUACUAGUCACAACAGCAAGCAAAGACACAACAUGUUUGGGACCAUGUGACCAAGAACUGGCUAAACUAGGCGCUCAGAGUAGCUACUAUAUUUCUGGUCAGGCCACUCUGCCUAAUGACAACAAAGUCAUUGUGGUGGAAAGGAUUCCUGAGACAAAAGCAGAGAAUGGUCCAAUAUCUGUACAAGAAGAAGGGAAAGAGGAGACUCAACUCAAUAAGAAUCAACUGCCAUGGAUGGACAGUGAUGCCGAUUGUCUACUAGGGUUGAACAGAAAGUCAAGGAACAGCCAGCAAAGUUUGGUCAAAAAUCUCCGGGAGAAAUUUCAAAACCUCAGUUCAUACACAUAAUGUAAAAUUUAUAUUGGGGUCUUUCUUAUUGCACAGGAUUGCAGAGGUUAGCUAAGUACAAAGUCUUAAGGGGCUGUGGCAAUAUGCCCUCCAGAUUUUGCUUAUGCAGGUUUGCUAGUAUGUACAGUAUGUAAAGGAUGCUGUGCCUGGUCCCAGUCAUACAUCUGUGCUACACUAGCUGAGCUUAAUGGGAAAAUUAAGCUAACCUUUCUUUAAAUAUUUAUAAAAUGGAUCUUUGUUGUGUACUUAAAGGUAUUCUUGAAUUUCCUUACAUUUCUCUAUUUUUAUGUACGAGUGCAUUUGUAUAAAGUGACACUGCUAAGUUUA